GCAGGACCGCCACAGUCGUGCGCCGCCGGCACCCCGACCCGGAGACCCGGCCACUCUUACAGCCGCUGCCCUGCAGAACCACCCUGGACCUCGAGGACCUGAAACCAACCCCCAACUGCACUCUUUGUGUCAAUAGACUUUUAUUAUUGGGGUCCGGUUGUCUACAGUAGAGACGAAGUGUUAUGAACUCGUGCUGAUGUCACUGGAGUGUUAACCCGAAUUUAGAUUGUGGCUUGGAUCGUUUUGACCGUCAAGUUAAGAUUAAACCACCCCUUCGUACGAAAUACUGGAAUGAUGGCAAACUCUACCGAACUCUUCACUGCCGCCACCGAGAGCCGUGUGAACUGAGUCGUUGCUAGGCAAGGCUUAGGCUGGAGUAAAUAAUGGGAAAAAGGAAUGUACGGAUCAAGUUCGCACACUCCAUUGGUCCACCCAUUACGUUGAGCAAGUUGGACAAGCUCGAGUAGCCGCGUGCCGCUCUCGAACCGCACAUUGCACUUUCAGUUACCGACGCACUAGCGACUGCCAAUAAAGUACAAGUCAUACCUGCUUAGAAUUCACGUACAUAUUUAAAAGUAGAUUUAUUUAUUGUAGUACAAAGACAAACCGAACAAUCAAGGUGUUAUACAUGCAACAAACCUGUGACCAGACGACUGCCGAGUCGUCGCCCUCGGUUACAGUAAUCGAAUCGGUAGUCAUGACGGCCACUGCCCCGGAAUUGUCAAAAUCAGAUUUUUUUGACUUCGUGACAUCGAACGAGGUUACAGACGCUCAGUAUAAACAACAGAUGCGUUCGGUGAACGUGUUUAUGGAAUCACCCGACUCGCGCUCUAACCCGUUACUGUCGGAGGAGCCCAAGGAGCAGAACAACAACAGCCUGCUGGCGGUGACGAGCGCGCCGUCGCCGGCGCCCGCCGCCGCCGCCGCGAUGCCCGCCGCCUCCACCGCGCUGCAGAGCUUCGACUCCAUCUGGAAUGUGGAUCGCGACCGGGACCGCCUGGAGACCGCGAUGCUAGAAGAUCUCAAUAAAUACUACUGGAACCAGGACAGCGAAAUAAACAGCGCGCACCCAUGUACUGACACCGCUAUUUCUAAUAAACUUAUCAGUAACAAUACUGAUGGACAAAUAUACACACUAACAGUACUCAAUCAAGAUAUACAUGAAUCGAGUACCAACAGAUAUUGGACCAAGGAAGAAGACGUUUCUAUGUCCAGCCCUACCGAUAUAGAUAAUAACUCCUCUUUAGAUCUUGAAUCCAUACUAAAUAUGAACGGAUUCCCAAAUGACUUCAAUCAAGAUUCCUUGAGUUCGAAUGUACUUCCGAAAGUUGAAAGCUAUAGCUACGAAGAAAGUGAAACUGAAAGUCAGAACCCAGAUUUAAGCUCAAGUGAUCUAGUUAAAGUGGAACCCUUUAGUUAUGAAGACAACGAUUUUCAGUCUAACGAUAAAGACGACUCUCGUAGUUCUGUAAUUGGCACACCACUAUUAGAAAGUUCUGUUGAAUUUAACAAUAAUAACAAUGAUUGGAAACUAACCGAUCAAAACACUGACACAAAUGAAUCUCUAUUAAGAAGUGCAUUACAGGGAAAAGCUUUCAUUAGGUAUAGUACGGUACAAAAGAAACUGGACGCAACAACAGAAUUGAAAAGAGUUAUAAUUAAUAACAAUAAUAAAUCUGACGUGCCUUCUAUGUACCACGACAGCAAAGAGGGCGACACCGAGCUGUUGAUCCACACACCAACAGGGAAUGUGAAUAUUUCCAUUCUACUAGAAGAUCCUAAUACGACAGUUAUCACGAACGGUGACAACCCGACGUCGACGCAAAGUGUAGACGACAUUAUACUGUCGCAACUGGACGCCAACUACCCAGAAGACUACGAAAAACUAAAGAGGAUAGCGACGGAGCUAGGCGAGUCCGUGCAGCCGUUCUGCACGGUAGAGCCGCUGGAACCGGCGCGUGGCGUCUACAACAUUCACCACGUCAACGGCGACAUUGUGACUAUGAUUCCCGCGGGAGAAGUGCAGCUGCCGCACAUGCAAUUAGUAACGGCUUCACCCGCGGUCACUAGUACCAAGACAGUCAGCAAGAAGUAUAAGCGGAUCACAAACAAGAGCUCGCCGCCCGCGGCACAGCCGCAAACAGGUACGGCCAUCCAGCCCGCCACGUCAACUUCGAACGGUGUGCGCAAAGAGCGCUCGUUGCACUACUGCUCCAUCUGCUCCAAGGGCUUCAAGGACAAGUACUCAGUGAACGUGCACGUGCGCACGCACACGGGCGAGAAGCCGUUCUCGUGCUCGCUGUGCGGCAAGAGCUUCCGGCAGAAGGCGCACCUCGCGAAGCACUACCAGACACACAUCGCGCAGAAGAGUGCGGCGGCGAACGGCCAGCCGAAGCCCGCCAAGCAGCGGUAACCGCCCUCAUAUUAUUGCUACACUAAUCGUACAUCGAUCUUUUACGUUAAUAGUCAAUAGAACUUUGUCACAGUGAUAACAAUAGUAUUUUUAAGCAAAUACCUAAAGGCUGAAACAUCACAGAUGAAUUUGGUAAGGUGCUAAAGUAAAGUAGUAAUUAUCUCAAAGAAUGGCAGUUAUAAAAUAUUGAAGAAAUAUGAAGGAUGUCCGCAGCCUUCAUUUUUGUUAAUUUGUAUGUAUUUCCGUCCGUUACCGAACACACGUCUAGCUUUAGCUAAGGACAGGUACUAUUAAGUUUAAUUAUGAGAUUAUCAUAAAAUCUAAGUACAUUCCGUAUUUAUUAGUCAUAUAGCUACAUUUAUUUUAAUGUAACGUUAAAGUCAUACGUACGUAUGUUUGUAAUGUUUGCACACAGUUUGGUUCUUGAUUCAGGGCCCCGCUUCGCUUAGUUUUUGAUAGACCCUCCCCCUGGUGUAAUAGGUAUGAGGAAAAAAGCAUCUGACGAGCGCACUGGGAUGACUGCACGGCGCCGAGCCGCGCGGUAAUUUCUCUCUCAUCGUGAGACCAACUAAACUUUCUAAAAAAAAACAGAGCAAAAUAGCUGAGUACCAUCUUUCACUGCUCUACUAUCGUAUCUCAAUCUCAUCGCUGUCCUUUCAGUUUAGUGGGCGGUAGUACAUAUUUUUGAAGAGAUACACAUUGAAACAAAACAAAAACACAUUCAAAUGGCGAAAAUAAUUCAAUAGUAUGAGAAUUAGUUAAUUAUUUCCACAAUUCAAGGCCAAAUAAAUCCCGAUAAGGUUAUAGCAAUGGCAUUAGCUUGAAAUUUAAACUAACGCCGUGCCAUUGCUUUAUCGUUGUGAUUGGAUUGGGUUUGUUCAUUAGAAACUCAAAACGAAAAUUAAACAUUACGAUCAAUCCAACCCAACCUCUAAAUUGUACAUAAUAGUCCAGCAAUUUAUCUCAUGAUUUUGCAUGUGAAAUUAAAAUCUCAUUUAGAUUUGUAGUCAUACAUCCAGCAUGCUUACGUGGUCUACUAUCUCAAUGCGUUUAAUAAAACAUAAUAAAUAAGCAGUUUAUGCCAUAUGUUAGGAGGACGCCCUAAUGGCGAACAUUGCCGCUGCCGGCCGGUUAUUUGAGCGUCGCUGUCGGACGCCACUCGAGCGGGCUCUCAUUCCCAAUUACAUCUUUCACCUCUUACUGGGAGAGGCCUGAUUACUCCCAGAUUGCUAUAAAUUUGAACAACAAGCGGUAUUUCAAUGUCGGUCUUUAAAAUUGUGCUCCCUUUCUCGUGUAAUAAAUUGGCCUUCCUUUCUUUGUUAAGGUUUAUAUUGUUUCAUUGCAUUCCACAGGCAAUGUUUAUCUCUAGUAAAUAUAAUGUUGUAUAACUCUUAUAGUGUUUUACAAAGAUCUCACCAGGAGCGGUAGUCAAACUCUAUAAGUCUCUCAGACAUCCCUCUCAGACUAAAAGUACAAACGUGUUGCAAGUGAGUGAAAUAAGAAUUAGAUCAAAUUAGUAGGUAUUCAUUUGUAAGUUCGGACCGCUUCGCUGUAUGGACAUUGGACAGUAGAAAUAGACGUUAGUAUUAGAUUAUUAGUUCAUGAAUCUAUUUUUUUUUAUUUAAACUAGUCCGAUGUUAAAAAAAAUAAAACACGAUUAUUCGUAUUAUUUAAUAUUGAAUAGUGUAGAGCAAUUGCAGCUCAUAAUUACACUUUCACUGUUUUACAAAUUUAGAUCUAAUAGAGCUUUCUAAAGCUACUUUUAUAACAAAUCCGUUUUAAAAUAAUAUACUUAUCUAAAAUCACAGAUGGAUUUUAUAUUCGUUAAUAGAUUAGUCAGCGUUUUUGGGAAAGCGCAAAUAGUUUUUUGUACAGUAACCACAACAGGAAAUGGCUCUUUUUUAGGGUUCCGUACCAAAAAGGCACAAAAGGAACCCUUAUGGCGACGCCCUGUCCGUCUGCCUGUAUGUCUGUCACAUUUCUAAAU